ACACUACCUUGAUCGCACAACUCAUUCAUCGCGCAUCAUCGAUAUUGAUUUAUUCAUAUCGAAACACGAUUAUUUUUAUCCUUGCGAUAAACAUCAGUUGAGGAUAAUACCUGUGCCGCCUAUGGUUCGCGAAGAAGUUUGAUUUAUGGUAUAUGGUCUAGCUAGAGUGAGCGUGAAACCAAUCCACCGUUACUCUCAUCGGCUCUCGCGCCAAGGUUAUCAAAAUACUGGUUCAGGAUGCCGCCCAAAAACGAUAAGAACAACGACAAGAAUAAAACUAACAAAUCUCCCCGUGAGCCGCCAGCGUCAGAUCUACCUGGCCUACUUCCUCGGCAUGAUGGGUCGUAUGGCGUCAAUUCUCUCAUAAAUAUUGACUCUGUUGGGAGUAAAAAUAAAAAGAACAAAACCGGUCUCAUUCGCGAGGACGACGAAGAUAGACGUUUCACUAGAAAAGUACUGGGUAAAGAUGGCAAGCGUUUCGGCAUGGAAAAGGACUUAAAAAAGGUCGUCAAAGAAACUGUUAUUGAGGCCGGAAAGGGAGAUAAAUCACAGCCAGAGGAUCCCAAGAAUAAGGAUCCACCAUCUGAGAAGCCGAAGGACUUCGGAAGUGAUUCUAGCCGGAGUAGCGACCCAUCCAUAAAGUCAUCAAAUGACUCUUCGGACAAUUCAUCAGUAGACGACGAAUCUGAGGAUGAGUCUGACGAGAAAAAGGAAGGCGAACCAAACAACCAGCAAUACCUGGCUGGUAGUUUGAAUGAUCUUUGGGAGUCUGCGUACGGGGAAGGGCCGGUUCAUGAACCAACGCUUUCUAAACUGGGUCGGUUUUUCACAGGUGGUCCCACAUGGCAGAGGCAACCAAAGCCGGUCCACAAGCCAGUUCAGCAUAGAUCCCCCAACCCUGAAUCACUCAUCCAUGACCGGCUCGCUUCGGUACCGCCAACCUCUACCCCAAAGUCUUUCUUUGGAUCUCUAAGUGGGUAUGGUUCCCUUCUAGAAUCGGCAGCUCGUCCCGAUUCCAGGAGAAGUUACAUCGAAGAGGGCAACAUAUAUGGUGGUUCCGGCGUCCAUACUCCUGUGCCCACGAUUGGCAAGCUUCCCAAAGCCGGUAAUCGUGGGGGUGCUAGCACUGGAAACGCUCGCGGAGGUAGGCAGGGUGAUAAGGGGAAGUCCAUAAUUGGCCAAGGAACCGAUGGCGAUGAGACCGCUGACACUAGCUUAACGCCAAGUCAAUUGCAAAAAAUGAAUAACCUCAUCGACGGCAUGAUAACAUCAGAACGACCGAGCAUAACAGAAGAGAUACCGCCUGAAACGGUUGCGGAUCUUAAAAAACUCACGCCGGCUCAGAUCCAAGCGCUUAGGUUUACGGCUGGAGAUAUGAUUAAUGACCCAACUAGGGCAAGCCAGACUAGGGAAAUACUCGACGAACUUCCUCAACAAGCUCAACAACCCCCCAAAACAUCGGUUAUUACAUUAUUUGAUUCCGGCAAUGAGAGCUCGGAUGAUGAUAUUCCUAAGAAACAUCCACUUAUCGGCACGAUACUCACUGAAAAGAGGGCCAAUGAGAAGAGCAGUAAAGCCAAAGUCCCUAGCUCAAAGCCCGGUGCGAAAUGGCCACCGAGCGGUGUCGCACCCGUAGGUCCCAAACCAUCUGGUGGAGCCAAGACGAAAAUCCUUAUCGAUGAGUCUACCGAUGACUCCGUUGGAGAUGCUGUGAAGAGUGCGACUAAAAUUCCGCCGAGAAGACCGGGUAGUAGUGAGCAUAAGGCCACUCUCCCUGUAAGUGCGAAAAGCGUAUCUCAAAACUAUCCCGACGAUUACUCUAGUAGUGACACAUCCGAUACCAAAUCUUCACCCUUCAGUCGACAAAGACAUCAUGUCCGGCCUCUUUGGGGCGCCGGGAACCAGAGAGUUUGGCAAAGUACUUGUUUUGUAUUCCUCGGAUUACUGACUGCAAGCUGGGUACUUUUGAGUGUCAUUUACGGUGGCUCUGUUGAUUCACCAGUAAGGACCAGACCAGCCGCCGGUUCGGGGUGGUUCAAUUUGGGCAGCCUAGGACAAGGCCUCCGUCAGAUCAUCCCAACGGGUAUUGGCAAUCCUAUACCGCAAAUUACGUGGGGUAGUGGGAAGUCAAAGGAAUCUCCAGCAAGCCUGGUUGAGAGCAUUAUUACGGAAAUCCCCGAGCAAGUUUAUGUCGACGUCGACAAGAAAGGAAAGCCUAAGAUAUCACAGGACUUUUGGCAUGCUUUAAGGAACCUCAUCAGGGGAGACGACGCAAUUCUAACGCUAGAUAACACUGGUUCUGGAACCCAAAGCAUCUCGGAAGCGCAUUGGCGCGCUAUCAGGCAACGUUUGAGCGAGGACGGGUUCCUCCCUGGAACUACGAGUGAUGCAGGCAAGACCUCGCAGGCGGCCCAACCACAAGCGUGGGAGGCGUGGGAGGCUCAGAAUAGAGACAACCUGAAAAAAAUGAUCGGUGGUAUCGUCUUGACUAGAGACGAAUUCAAGAAAUUGUUCGACACGGAAGUCAAAAACUAUCAAAAGGAUAUUCGUAAAGAAAUCGGCAUCCAAAAUAGCAGAAUUAAAGACCUCGCCGCGGCUAUAGCUAAGCUGCAAAGUUCUGGUGGUUCAAAGCUGCAGGGGCUAACUGAAAAGGAGGUCAAGGCUAUCGGCGAUGCUGCUAUUGCGAGGGCCAUAAAAAACGCUAAGAUCGACGCAGUGGCCUCUGGCGCUAUCCGCAGCCAUGCUAAUGAUAUGUUCACCAACCAGAUCAAUUUCUUUUCAGUCGGUUCGGGUGCGGUGAUCGACCCCAAGUAUACCUCGAAUACAUGGCAUAUUCCUACGGACUCUGUCAAACAUCAUCGAUCCAGGGCGUGGUACCAACGCGACGGGUAUAAGCCACAGCCUCCCCUAGCCGGUCUGUCGGCGUGGGAAGAAGAAGGCGAGUGUUUCUGUGCAGAGCCCAGCAACCACAGUCACAGCAAGGAAUCCAACUCCAUCGCCGUCAUGUUGAGCCGCGACAUCACGCCGCAGCACCUAGUUGUCGAACACAUCCUACCCGGUUCCACGUUAGACCCCGGCGCCAUACCCAAAGAAAUCGAGGUAUGGGCCUACAUCGAGGAGGUCACUCUGCGUGAUGAGAUCCGCGCCUUUUCAUUGAGCCAAUUCCCGGAGACGUCAGCGCAAGUCGCGGGUAUAAAGGGUAAGGUGACAUUAAACGAGGGUUUCAUCAAGAUCGGCCACUUCACGUACCAGAGGCUCGACCACGGCGACGGUAUCCAGAUCUUCAAGCUUAGCGAUGAGAUCGCGCGCAUGCACGCUACUACGGAUCAUAUAGUUGUCAGGGCUAUUAGCAACUACGGUGCUGACCACACUUGCUUCUACCGACUUAGAAUAUACGGUGACGUCGUGGAUGUCUCUAGGCCGUGGGAGGAGUGGGGGUUUAAGGACGAGUAGGUUGGUGAGGGGGAAUGAGGUGGGUGGGGGAGUGGUGGUAUAGCGUUGUAUAAAUAACGCAGAAGGGAUGAGAACAGACACGUAUAGAGGUGGCAAACACAUGCCACGGAAGGAGAAGAAAUGAAAUUUUGUCAUCUAGGCAGUGGUAGUAGUAAUCGGAAGCAGACGGACUACCUACCUAGCACACAAGCAAACAACAAACACAUAAACAAACAAGCAAGCAAGUAGGACUUAGGACUUCAUCACAUUUUUUUUGUUAGUAUCGAUUCCCAGGAACUAUGGCGGAUCGGAGUCGAAGGGACAUGAUUCGCUUUGCUGGAUGGACGGAGAUAUGGAUGAUACCUACGAAAUGAAGAAAGACAAGGAAGUCUCUUGGCUGGCUGUACACUUUUAUAUUUUUAAGCCUUAGGACUGACUGACUCAAUUAUAACGCAUUUUGAUCCUUACGGUUGGAAGUGAGAUGAUAGGUGAUUUCCUUUGUUUGUCUGUAGACAUUGGUGGAGAAAUAGACUAGAUAUCUAGUGAGAUAUAUAUAUAUAUAAUAGCAUAACUAUUACUUUCAGUUCCAGACAUUGUAAAUCAUAAAUCAUGUAUGUAGACCAAAUGUUUUAGAUAAUCUAUCUAAUUAAGGU